AAAAAAAAAUCAUUUCAGAAUUGUAGGAGGUCUUGAAAGAAAAGGCGAAGGCAAGUGCGAAAACUAGCGGAAGCCGGAAAAUGGAGGAGCAGCCACGGCGACCGAAUCCAAGCGAGCGAAAGCAGUCUCUGGUUGAACCACAAGCACAGCAGCAGCCAGCUCUUCAUCAGAGCGACGCGGACGAAGACGAUGAGAACGUGAAGCAGCUCAAUGAGUGUUCCUCUCUCUACUUGUCCUUGCAGGACUGUCUUGUUAAAACUGACAGGAAUUGGAAAUCUUGCCAGAUGGAAGUUCAAGCUUUGAAGGCAUGCAAUGAAAGAAGGAAGAAAGUGACAAAGGGAAAUUAGGGUUUUGCUUAGAAGGGGCUAAACUCUGCAGAUUACUAUCCUGACCAUAUGUAUGAAGUUUUGGUUUCUGUAGUUGAUUGAACAGGAGCAUCUCCUAUGUUCUAUGAGUUAAAAUUUUUUGUUGAUGAUUCUUCAAUAAUAUCAUCUGGUGAUAGAUUGCUCUAACCACUUUGUUUUCUCAGAAUUACCGACAAUUUGCUAGAUUGUAAUUCAUUUCUAAAGGAAAUUUAAAGGAGCAAUGAAAUAGAGCUUGUGGGAUUCAACUUGACAUACUUGAGUAUUCAUGGUUAAUUAUUUUUGCUUUUAUUUGUUGUGAAAGUAUACCAGUUGGCACUUGAUCAUUUCAAUGAGAUCUGAGAAAAUAGAGCUUGUGGGAAUAAAAGAAGUUCACCAGUUUUGCUUUUUAACUUUUUCAUGACAGGAAUCCUAAUUUCUAUUGCAAUUGGUAAGGAUUAAAAA